AUGGUAUCAACUGCGCCCAACGACCAAUUUCCAUCCUGUGUACGGUGCAAAGAUUUCAUUACCACAGGGCACGCAUAUGAGUUGGGUUGUGAUAGAUGGCACACACAUUGUUUUACUUGUUACAAAUGUGAGAAACCAUUAAGUUGCGAAUCUGAUUUUUUAGUUCUUGGAACCGGUGCUUUGAUCUGCUUUGAUUGUUCCGAUUCCUGUAAAAAUUGCGGUAAAAAGAUUGACGAUUUGGCCAUAAUACUAUCCUCUUCAAAUGAGGCCUAUUGUUCAGAUUGUUUCAAAUGCUGUAAGUGUGGUGAAAAUAUUGCUGACCUGCGGUAUGCGAAAACCAAGCGAGGUUUAUUCUGUUUAAACUGCCACGAAAAGUUAUUAGCGAAAAGAAAGUAUUACGAAGAGAAGAAAAGGCGACUCAAAAAGAAUCUUCCAAGUUUGCCCACUCCCGUAAUUGAUAGUGAUCACAUUGAUGGGGCCUCAGCUACUGCUGCUGUCCCAGAAAAAACAUCCAGCAGACCCGCAUCACCAGUUAAUGAAAUGCCUUUAGGUUCUGAACUCCUCAAGGAUAUAGAAACGAAUUCGAGUGAUAUUGUUCCACAUUUUAUCACAGGAUAUAAUGAUAGCGAUGACAAUUCUGGAAGUUCGAAGUUCGGUUCAAAUGUAUCCAUAGAUAUUAUAGGACCAGAAGAAAAUAGCACGGAGCAUGCAAAAGAUGAUGUUAAAGAAGAAGUAGAGGCACAUUCAGCGAAUUUUUCGCUUGAAGUUGCGAUAGAUUCAACUCCAAGUUGUAAAGGACCUCCAAGUCGUUCAAAAAGCUUGUUAAACAAAACACCAUUGAGGAAUUCAUCCGGUCAGUAUAUCGCAAAAUCUCCGAGCUCUUAUAGACAGGGUAUAAUAGUUAAUGAUAGUCUUGAAGAGAGUAAUCAAUUUGAACCUCCACACAACAGUUCCCGAAGUGCGAGUGAAUUACUGAGCUCGGUAUUGCAUAGUCCAGUUUCUGUUAAUAUGAAAAAUCCGAAGGGUCCAAAUACGGAUACUUUCAAUACCAGUUUAAUAUCCCAGAUGGAUCCUUCGCUACCAUUAAAAGGACUGAAUAAUAUUGUGGAAGAACCGAACCCACUUCAAACGCCUGCUGUUGAAAUUGUCAAAACAGAAAAAAGUGUCAGUGAUUUAGCAGGUGUUCAGCAAGAGCAAGCAGAGAAGCCCUCCUAUGCAGGCAAUAGUGGAAAGGGUAGAAAAAUUUCAAGAUCAUUGUCACGAAGGUCCAAGGAUUUGAUGACUAAUCUAAAGUCAAAAGCCACAAACAAACAGGAUAGUAACGUUAAACUUUCACCUGCCUCUAAAUCGACUUUCAGACGGUCACAAGAUUUAAUCAGAGAUGUAGAUUCACAUCCUGGCUUUGGGACACCGAAUUCCAACAGCACUUCAUUAGACACUCUAAUGAAGAAUCAAAAAAGCCUAAAUUACAAACGAUUUACCGAUGACGGCAUUCUCAAGGUCGUUAGUGAAAAGGGAGACGCCCCUGAUGAACAGAAAAAUUUCGGCUUUAAAUCGCCAUCACCAAUCGGUCAUUUAUUACAAUCACCUGCUACACCAAGUAAUGUAUCCAUGUAUCGAACUCCGCCUCUGGAUAGCUCAUUGACAUUUGACAGGCUGAACGGGUCUUCAUACAGUAAUCAAAACUAUAGCCUACCUAGUUGGCAGAAUACUCCAAAGAUCCAAUUGGAGAAUAGCAGCAAUUUUGAGGAACAGAAGGAAACAGUCUAUGGGAAUAGCGAAUCCAGAAACGACCCGUCUCUCGAUAAAGAAAUUGUCACAGCUGAGUUGCAUUUGAAGCAAUUAAAAAUAAAUUUGAAGGAACUUGAAUCUCAGAGAGAAGAACUAAUGAAAGAGAUAGGUGAAAUGAAGUCUAUGAAAGAGACCCUACGCCGACACAUUGAGGCCUACAAUACCGAAAAAAAUAAAUUAUAUCUUGACUCAAACGAAUUCUCAGGUAAUCCGCCAACAAUAAAUGAAAUCAGCUCAAGUGAGUCACCACCGCCCGUGAAACAUGUUGCAACUACAAGUUCUGUGGCACGAAGUUCUGUUAAGCCAAAAUUUUGGAAGUUCUUUUCAUCUGCUAAGCCACAAACCGAGCAAUCUAUACAAAGUGUCAACUCAAAUAAUAUGAAUUCCACCGUUAAAAGCGCCCCAGUUUUGCUUUCAGCUCCCUCAACUAAUAGCAAUUCCGGUCGUCUAGAGAUUUCACCUCCUGUUCUCCAAAAUCCUAAUGAAUUCAGUGACGUUAGAUUGGUUCCUAUCGAGAGUGAUGGAAAUAUGGGUCAAAAUAAAGAUGUGGAAGAAUAUUCGGAUGGAAGCAAUUUGUAUGGUUCGAGUUUGGUUGCUAGGUGCAACUAUGAGAACAAUGAAAUACCAAUGGUACUAUCUGUCUGCAUAGACUUUAUUGAAUCGGACGAGGAAAAUAUGAGAUCAGAGGGCAUAUAUAGAAAAUCAGGUUCCCAACUAGUCAUAGAAGAAAUAGAACGGCAUUUUUCUUCAUGGAAAGUGCAAACCGAAAUGCCGAAUAUUUUAACGGAACAAGAUCUCAACGCUGUUACCGGUGUGUUGAAACGAUACUUAAGAAAACUUCCCGACCCUAUUUUCACCUUCCAAGUAUAUGAACCCUUGAUGAACUUGGUUAAAUCUAAAAAGAUGAUGGAAAACUUACCAUUUGUUGGAGGAAAGCUGUCGUUAGAAGCAAAGAAUUCGGAUACUUAUAUGUCGAGCAGGAGUGCUUUGAAAAGCAUAUUAGAAGACUUGCCGAAGGAACAUUAUAGGGUGUUAAGAGCAUUAAGCGAACAUAUAGAAAAGAUUACACAAUACAGCCACUGGAACCGAAUGACGCUUUAUAAUCUUGCUUUGGUUUUUGCUCCGGGUUUAAUUCGUGAUUUUAGUGGAGAAAAGGAUAUUAUUGAUAUGAAAGAGAGAAACUAUAUUGUUGCAUUUAUUUUUGGGAACUAUAAAGAUAUCCUGACGUAG